AUGUCACUUAUUUGUUCAUUAUCAAAUGAAGUUCCUGAACAACCCGUUCUUUCACCUGUAUCAGGUUGUAUUUAUGAAAAACGCUUAAUUAUCAAAUAUCUUCGUGAAUCUCCCACGGAUCCAAUUACUGGACAGCCACUAACUGAAGAACAAUUGAUUGAUGUUAAAGUCACACCAUUAGGUAAACCAAAACCACCCUCGGCAACGAGUAUCCCAGCUAUUCUAAAGAUGUUGCAAGAUGAAUGGGAUGCUUGCAUGUUGCAUAGUUUUACACUUCGUCAACAGUUACAAACAGCACGGCAAGAAUUAUCACAUGUUAUGUAUCAGCACGAUGCUGCUUGUCGAGUUAUUGCUCGCUUAAACAAAGAAGUAACUGCUGCUCGAGAAGCUUUAGCAACAUUGAAACCACAGGCUGGUAUUGCCCAAUCAUACACAGCCGAACAACCUAUUCAUCAUGGAACAACUGCAACUAGUGCCGAUAACUCUCACGCAUCGGUAACAUCAGCCGAAGGAAUGACUGAUGAAAUCAUUCAAAAAUUACAAGAUAAAGCAUCGGUUCUUACACAACUACGUAAGCAACGUGGUAAACGCGUACCAGAAGGUCUUGCAACGGUUGACGAUAUGCGAAACUUUCGUUGCUCUGCAACCCAUACUGCAUUGCAUAGUGCAAGUACUCCAGGUAUUUUAGCACUCGAUAUUUCUCCAAAGAAUCCGAGUAUUAUCCUAACUGGUGGAAAUGAUCGUCAAGCGGUGGUAUUCAACAAGGAUAGUGAACAAGUCGUAGCUACACUGAAAGGUCAUCAGAAGAAAGUAACACACGUCAUUCAUCAUUUCGAAGAAGAUAUUGCCAUUACGGGUAGUGCCGAUUCGAGUAUUCGUGUUUGGCAUAUUCCAUCGGCUCAAUGCUUGAAAGUUCUCAAAGCUCACGAAAGUCCAAUAACAGGUCUUUCACUUCAUCCAACAGGUGACUAUGUUUUAUCGAGCGCAAGUGAUACUCAUUGGGCUUUGUCUGAUCUACGCACGGGCAAACUAAUUACGAAAAUACAGGAUUCAACAGCACAACGAGGAUUAACGUGUGCACAAUUUCAUCCUGAUGGAAUUAUCUUUGGUGUUGGCACACAAGAGAGUGUGAUCAAAAUUUGGGAUUUGAAAGAAUGUAAUAAUGUCGCAGACUUUCCUGGUCAUGCCGGAAGUAUCAGUGCCAUCGCAUUUUCUGAAAAUGGUUACUAUUUGGCAACUGCAGCGGAAGACGCUUCAAUUAAACUGUGGGAUUUGCGUAAAUUGAGAAAUUUCAAAACGAUUACACUCGACGAUAGGUACGAAGUACGUGAUCUCGUUUUUGAUCAAAGCGGAAUGUAUCUUGGUGUUGCUGGUACCGAUGUUCGAGUCUAUCAAUCAAAACAAUGGGAUUUAGUUAAAUUAUUCAAUGAUCAUACGGCAUUAGCAACUGGCGUUCGCUUCGGCACGGAUGCGAAUUUCCUCGCCAGUGCCAGCAUGGAUCGGUCGCUGAAAUUCUACCAACAAUUAUCUCAAGAAUAA